AUGGCGUGUCCCAUCAGCGUCAGCAAAUUCGUCGGCACGGUCUCACUCGGUCUGCUUACCGGCCUCUCCUACUCCACAGCAGCAAUCACAAUCCCCGCCCUGCAACUCCUCCCCACAGCACCUACAGCUGCGCGCUCCCUGAAUGAAGUCAAGCGUCUGAGUCGCCGCUACGCACUCCGCCUCUCCUUCCUCGCAAACUCCUGUUUCUGCUUCGCAUGGUGUCUCUCCUCCCCGCGCCGCAGACACCCAUACAUGGUAUGGCUGUGUGCAUUCUCAGCUGUCAGCGCGCACGGCGUGGACUUUUGGUUCAACCGCCACCUCGGCUUUAAAAACUGGGUCUCUGCUGUUAUUCGGGACGUGUCGCAUAUCUCACUGAAGGAGUCGAAGAAAGAUGAGGACCUCGUUGUUGUCGAGGCUGAUGAUGAUCUGAAUGGGGAGACUGUGCAGCGGGAGAUGGUUCGCGAGCGUCGCCUGCACUACGUGCGCGCUUGGUUGUCGGGCGUUGCGCUUUCCAUUGGUGUUGUUGGGCUUUGGGGGGAUAAGAGAUGA